GCGCGUCCUCGCAAAGCCUGUCUGGACUCUCCACUCAUCCUGAUAAACAGCUGCUUACCAUUUAAGGGGGAACUUCUCAGAAGAAAGAAAAAAAAAAAAGUUUUCCUUGGACCUCCUCUUGAAUCGAGACUUUUGUCUGCGGAUGUUCGGAUUUAGAGUCUGCAACGCUGCAAAACGCACCAAAUCUGGACUCUGAGUUUUUUUGCGUAAUGCUCAGCCGUCCUCAGUUCAACAUCUGGAUUAACUAUUUGAAGUCAGAGCUAACGGCGCUCUACUGUACGUCAAAACCUUUGCAUUAAAGCAGCCUGCCUUCUUUGUGUUUUACUCUGGAGUUCAGCCUGGUAACCCGAGUGCCUGCUCGUAGAUUAUGUAUUCUUUAAAAUGGGUGCGAACAAUGGAAAACAGUAUGGAAGCGAGGGUAAAGGGAGCUCAAGCAUCUCCUCGGACAUAAGCUCGAGCACAGAUCACACACCAACUAAAGCUCUGAAGAAUGUGGCUUCCACUGAAGGUUUAGAGACCAGCACCAGAACACUAAGCACCCCUAGCCCAGGUCUGAUAUUGCCGUCCAAGUCCUCCACCCUCUCCUCACCCGCCCUUUCAAGUAAUGGCCACGAAACUAACUCUUCAUCCUCUUCUUCUGCCCAUACUGAGACGGUGGCCGUAAUCCACGCUCAGCCUGGCGUCCAUACUCGCUCCAGACAGUUCAAAGCCCACCACCAAGCCCCUAUCAACCUGCUCCCUGACCACAGCAUCCUGCAGAUCUUCUCCCACCUCCCAACCAACCAGCUUUGCCGAUGCGCACGUGUGUGCCGCCGUUGGUACAACCUGGCAUGGGACCCUCGGCUGUGGAGCACCAUCCGGCUCUCGGGAGAGCUGCUGCAUGCUGAUCGCGCCAUCCGGGUCCUGACCCACAGGUUGUGCCAGGACACUCCCAAUGUGUGCCUGACAUUAGAGAUAGUGGUGGUCAAUGGUUGCAAGAGGCUCACUGACCGCGGGCUGCACAUUCUGGCCCAAUGCUGCCCGGAGCUGCGACGCCUGGAGGUUGCUGGCUGUUACAACAUCUCAAACGAUGCUGUGUUUGAGGUGGUGUCCCGCUGCCCCAACCUGGAACACCUGGACCUCUCAGGUUGCUCCAAGGUGACCUGCAUCAGCCUUACCCAGGAGGCCUCACUCCAGCUGUCCCCCCUGCAUGGCCAGCAGAUCUCCAUCCACUUCCUGGACAUGACUGAUUGCUUUUCGCUCGAGGACGAGGGUUUGCGAACUAUCGCCUCCCACUGCCCUCGCCUCACUCAUUUGUAUCUGCGCCGCUGUAGCAGACUAACUGACGAAGCCCUGCGCCACCUGGCUCUCCACUGCCCAUCAAUAAGGGAGCUGAGUCUCAGUGACUGCCGCCUGGUGGGGGAUUUCGGCCUGCGUGAGGUGGCGCGCCUGGAGGGCUGCCUACGCUACCUGAGUGUGGCCCACUGCACCCGAAUCACGGAUGUGGGCGUCCGCUAUGUGGCCCGCUACUGCCCCAGACUGCGUUACCUAAACGCAAGGGGCUGCGAGGGGCUGACAGAUCACGGUCUAGGCCAUCUGGCCAGGAGUUGUCCCAAACUGAAGUCUCUGGACGUGGGCAAAUGCCCACUGGUAUCGGACAGCGGGCUGGAGCAGCUGGCCAUGUACUGCCAAGGCCUGAGGCGGGUGAGCCUCCGAGCCUGCGAGAGUGUGACAGGAAGAGGACUCAAAGCACUGGCGGCCAACUGCUGCGAGCUGCAGCUUCUCAACGUCCAAGACUGCGAGGUGUCGCCAGAAGCUCUGCGCUUUGUGCGGCGCCACUGCCGCCGCUGCGUCAUCGAGCACACAAACCCAGCUUUCUACUGACACUGAGAGUAGUUGGUCUGGCUAGCAUUUAUCUUUUUAUAUUUGCUUAGUGGUGGUAAAUCUUUCAAAAUUCUUCAACAGAAUGUAUUUAACAUAUUUAUCUGUAAAAACACAGAAAAGUACAGUAUUUCACUUACAUGACAUCUUCCCCCAGCAUCAUAAUUAGCAUUGUAACAACAAUGAGCACUGAGUACAGUUGUGUUAGCAUUUAAAGCCUAUUAAUAUAUACCUAACUUUAAAUUCAACAUCAAUUUAAGGCCAUAUAAUACAAUAGUCUAUUUAUAGACACAUUUCAUCAAAGUAAAUUGUUGAGAAUGUAGCAAAAGAGCAGCAACAAAAACCAAAGUAUGGAUUUCUAUGUGUUCUGUGCAGAUGCACUUUAUGCAGUUGCGCUGACAAUCAUUUCAACUGAUUGUCAAAAUUCACAUUUUUGUGUUUAUUAAAGGUUACCCUUGCAUGAGAGGAAUUUUACCGUUAUGUUAUGAGUCCAAUGUCGGAAAUAAACAGGGAUGCAAUGCUGCUAGAACUGUGCCAAUAAAAUUCUUCCAAAAUA